UGUUGUUGUUGUUGUUUACCUGUCUCCCUGCAGAUGUGGAUGAGUGCGUUGCUGCUGACGAGGAUCUCCUCUGCGAUCAUUUCUGUCACAACUUCAUCGGGGGGUUCUACUGCUCCUGUCGCUACGGUUACCAGCUGCAUGCCGACAACCGCACCUGCACAGUGGAGUGCAGUGAUGGUGUGUUCAGGGAGCGCUCUGGAGUUCUGAGCUCUGUAGAUUUCCCCUCUCCGUACCCUAAGAGCUCCGACUGCUCCCUGAGGAUCCAGGUGCCGCCGGGCUUCAGGCUCCGCCUCCACUUCCACUCCCACUUCGACAUCGAGGACCACCCCGAGGUCAGCUGUCCUUAUGACCAGCUGAGGGUGGUGUCUGGCAGCAGGACGUUCGGUCCAUUCUGCGGGACUCGAGCUCCAGACGACAUCGAGACUGACGGACACGAGGCGACGGUGAUGUUCCACAGCGACGACUCAGGGGAGAACGUGGGCUGGAGACUGACCUACACAACUAUAGGAAGUACGUGUGCGGCACCUGAAGCCCCACCCCAUGCCCUGCUGACCCCCGUCCAAUCAGAAUACUCGUUCAAAGACCACAUCCUGUUCACCUGCUCAACUGGAUUCACUCUGCUGCAGGAUGGAGAGGCUCUGGAUCAUCUUCAGAUCGUCUGUCAGUCUGACGGCUCGUGGAGCAGCAGCCCUCCCCGCUGCCAGAUUUGUUCUCCAGGAGUUUUUGGAGGACCUGACGUACAUGGUGAACAUGAGAGUCUUUGUCAGAAAAAACCCGCCCCAGCCAGGGAGGAAGACGGGCGGAUCAGACCUACACGAAGAGAGGUGUCAAUGUACUCCUUCAUAGCCUCCUUCUCAGGACCCGAGAUGGAGUAUAACCUACCCUUCGGAAUUGGAGCCCCAGUGGUGGAUUGUGGGACUCCACAUGCGGUUGCCAUGGCCGACCUGGUGUUUGGUAGUCAUGACAACAGCACAGUGUUUGGAUCCACGGUUUCCUACCUCUGCCGCGAGGACGCCGUCCGGCUGGACCCUAGCAACA